AUGGACUCCAGAGACAUGACUGUGGGAGUCAUCUUCCUGUUCCAGACUGCCCUGGGAAUCCUGGGAAACUCUGCCUGCCUUUCCCUCUUCUUCCUCGCUGACUUCACUAGGAGCAAAGUGAAGCCCACAGACCUGAUUGUCAAGCACCUGAACUGGGCCAACCUCAUGGUUCUUCUCCUCAAAGGAGUCCCCCAGACAAUGGCUGCCUUUGGUAUGAGUUAUUUUCUAGAUGAUAUUCUGUGUAAACUCAUCUUUUAUUUCCACAGAGUGGCCAGAGGAGUAUCCCUUGGUUCCACGUCACUCUUGAGUGUCUUUCAGGUCAUCACAAUCAGCCCCAGCAAUUCCAUGUGGGUACAGCUCAAGGUCAGAGCCAAUACCACGUUCAUUUGGUCAGGCCUGGGCCUGUGGUGGGCCCUUCAGCUGCUGGCAAAUAUUGCCAUUCCCAUGAGGGUGACUGAUCUGUUGAGUGCCAGAAAUCUGACUGGGUCUAGAGACUAUGUGUACUGUGCUACUGUGGAUCCUGGCACUAAAAUCAACAUGUAUGUUGUCCUGUUGGCCUCCACAGAUGCCAUGUGUUUGGGACUCAUGGCAUUGUCCAGUGGUUCCAUGGUGCUUAUCCUAACAAAGCACAGGCAGAGAGUCCAACACAUUCACAGCUCCCAGAUUCCUCGGUCCUCCCCUGAGGCCAGAGCCACCCACAGCAUCCUUACUAUAGUGAGCAGCUUUGUCCUCUUUUAUACAAUUUCUCUCAUCCUAACUAUGUAUUUGACUUACUAUGAUGGACGUAACAGGUGGUUAGUCAAUGCCAAUGUAGCAAUGUCUGCAUGCUUCCCGGCCCUCUGCCCCUUUCUGCUCAUCAGCCAGUACACUGCUAUUUCUAACCUAUGCUGUGUUGAGUCAUAUAAGAAAACAGUCUGUCCUUGUGUGGUCAUAGAGCUGUAA